AUGUUGAACAUCAACAUAAAGGCAGCCGUUGCACGUGCUGCAUUCAUGGUGAUCUUGCGAGAACUGACGAACAGCGUCGAUCAACAGCCGAACACGGCUGCCGCGCUCGAUGCUGGAAGGGAAUACAUCACAACCAGCGAUCUGAUCACGUAUCGCUUCACCCGACUUCCAUUCGGACUUACCUGUAGCCCCUUCCUCCUCUCUGCCACGCUGCGAGAACUUGCCACAAUGUACAAGCAUAUAUUUCCUCAAGCUACGUCCCUUGUUGAUAAGAAUAUGUACAUGGAUGAUUUCGCUGCCGGUGCUGAGGACGACGACGGAGUGAUCAACCUGUACAAUGAAGUGACUUCGCUCAUGGGACGAAUUCGUCUACCAAUGGCAAAGUGGGCUACGAACUCGCAGCCUUUGAUGGAACUAUGGAAGACAGAGGGCCUAGUAAUCAAUAUGGAAACGCAGGUAUUAGGGACACAUUGGAAUACAAGAACCGACACGUUCACCGUGGAUCGUAAAAACGUCACGAACAAUUUGAGGGAUGGUCCUGUAACCAAGCGACAGCUACUGCAAACCGCUGCAAGAUUUUACGAUUCACUGGGAUUGCUGUCACCCGUAUCUCUCAUAGCAAAAACACUUUUCCAAGACACCUGGACUAGGGGUAUAGGAUGGGAUGAGCUUUUGCCACCCGAUCUUGGCACACGAUGGCAUAGGUGGGUAUCAACCCUGCCCUCACCAUCUGAUAUACUCAUUCCCCGAUGGGUUGGUACUUCAGAUAAAGACAGUUAUGAAAUCCAUGUAUUCUGUGAUGCAUCGGAAGGAGCAUAUGGAGCGGUUCUCUAUGUUCGCACCUCCACCUGCAAUCAUUAUUCUGUCCGCUUACUUUGUAGUAAAAACAGGCUUGCGCCAGUUAAAAGGGUCACACUACCUCGAUUAGAGCUUCUGGGAGCGUUACUUGGGUCACGACUGCUACGCUAUCUUUGUGAAGCUACGAAUUUCGAUGUCAGAAACGCAUUGCUAUGGACCGAUUCAAUUAUAACCCUAGGCUGGAUACGCCACGACCCCAAUAGAUGGAAGCCUUUCGUGUCCAACCGUGUCACCGAGAUUCAUAAUCACACGAAUACAUCACAAUGGAGACACUGCCCUGGAAAGGAGAAUCCAGCGGAUCUUCUUUCGAGAGGUGUAACAGCAGACAAACUCAAGAAUUCUGAUAUCUGGUGGCACGGACCUUCUUGGCUGUCAAAGCCUGUGCAUCACUGGCCACUUGAUGCACCUACAACGGACACUCCUUUGCCGGAAGUAAGGAAAUUGAAUCAUCAGGUCCUCAUAGUGAAAACAUCGACCCCUCUUCUAGACGCUACACGGUACAGUUCCUACUGGAAGUUACUCCGAAUUACAGCGUGGGUGCUCCGCUUCAAACAAAAUAUAAGGCAGAAGGAGAAGACUUUCGGUGAAUUGACAGCUUCGGAGCUAUCAAACGCACGCCUCUACUGGUUGCAAAUUGUUCAAAGAGAACAUUUCACCAUGGAACUAGACGCAAUUCUUAAGAGCUCACCACUACCAGAAAGAUCUAAGAUAGCACGCUUCAAUCCAUUCUUGGACAACGGACUUGUUCGUCUCGGAGGACGUCUGCAGUUUGCGGAGUUAUCCAGAGAGCAGCGCCACCCAAUUCUCCUUGAUGGACAACACCACUUCUCUCGACUGCUUAUACAGCAGACACACAUUUGCCUCCACCACCUCGGAGUUCACAUCGCAACACGAACGGCGAUACCAUUUGAAGACCGUUCCUCCCAGAGAUCUGAAGCAACGCUCGCCGGCGUUCAAGCACCACCACAACGCACGCUGUAUAAUGCUUAA